AGUCAGAGGAAGCUCAAUCGACGAUCUCUUAAAUUCCUGCUCCCCUGCAACGCAAUUUGUCCCCGUGUGGCUGCUUCGCUGCUCUCGUGUCUCGUGUCCGACAUCCGUUCUUUCUUUCUUUUUUUUUCGAGCACAGAAGCAUCAACAAGCGCACUUGAGUGCUGGAGAUCCUGCAAGCGGCGCCUCACUCUCCCCAUCAUGUUGUAAUCACAGUUCGGAGCUCGCUGGUGUAUUUUGUGAUUCCCGCUGAAGCGUCUGAGUUGCUUGGUACCAGCAGCAGCAAGGGGAGGAGGAGGAGGAAGAGGAGGAGGAAGAGGAAAAGCCGAAGGGAAAAAGAGAAUAAUGCAACAUUGCAGCGCAGCGCGCGUGUUGUUCCUGCGCCGAUAGGGUGAUUCAAAGUGCGCGGACUGCGGGAAUAGGAGCCAUUUACAACGCGUUUGUUCUCGCGCUGUAGAAAAGGAAAAGAUCGGAAGAGCGAGCCCGGAUCAUCGACCUACAAAGACCCGAAGGCGAUCCUCCAACCUGCAGGGUGUCACCCUGAGAGCCCGAGGAACGAUGUCCUCCACGAGAUUCAAGAAGGACAAGGAGAUCAUCGCGGACUAUGAGACCCAAGUGAAAGAGAUCCGUAACCAGCUGGUGGAGCAGUUCAAAUGCUUGGAGCAACAGUCUGAGUCUCGUAUCCAGCUGCUGCAGGACCUGCAGGAGUUCUUCCGCCGCAAAGCAGAGAUUGAACUGGAAUAUUCACGCAGUUUAGAGAAAUUGGCCGAGAGGUUCUCCUCCAAGAUCCGCUGCUCCAGGGAACACCAACAGUUCAAGAAAGACCAGCACCUGCUGUCCUCAGUAAAUUGUUGGUACCUGGUGCUGAACCAGACGAGGCGAGAGAGCCGCGACCAUUCAACCCUCAGCGACAUCUACAUCAACAAUGUCAUCUUACGCUUGGCUCAGAUCAGCGACGACAUCAUUCGCCUGUUCAAGAAGAGCAAGGACAUUGGGAUUCAGAUGCACGAGGAGCUGGUGAAGGUGACGAAUGAACUCUACACUGUGAUGAAAACGUACCACAUGUACCACAACGAGAGCAUCAGUGCAGAGAGCAAGUUGAAGGACGCUGAGAAGCAGGAGGAGAAGCAGUUUAGCAAGUCCGGAGAUCUCAACGUCAACCUCCUGCGCCACGAGGACCGCCAACCAAGGCGCAGCUUUGGCAGGAAAAUUGAGAAGAUGAAAGAAAAAAGGCAAGCCAAGUACUCCGAGAAUAAGCUGAAAUGCACAAAAGCCCGGAAUGACUAUUUGUUGAACCUGGCAGCAACAAAUGCAGUUGUCGCAAAAUAUUACAUCCAUGACGUCUCUGAUAUGAUCGAUUGCUGUGACCUGGGCUACCAUGCCAGCUUAGCACGCACCCUCAGGACCUACUUGUCUGCCGAGUAUAACUUGGAGACAUCACGCCACGAGGGACUGGAUGUCAUAGAAAAUGCAGUGGACAACCUGGAUUCCCGCAGUGACAAGCACAAGAUAAUGGAUAUGCAUAACCAGGUGUUCUGCUCUCCAAUGCGCUUUGAGUACCUGCCACACAUGGGCGAUGAGGUGAGGUGCUCAAUAUGUUGGUGGAGCGCCCAGCAGCCUGUUCAAGGACUGAACUCCUGAUGCGGCUACCACCAACUGCAGUCCCGCUUAGCUACGCUAAAGAUUGAGAAUGAAGAGGUGAGAAAGACCUUGGAUGCCAGCAUGCAGACGCUGCAGGACAUGCUGACAGUAGAGGACUUUGACAUGUCGGAUGCCUUUCACCACAGCCGCUCCACUGAAUCUAUUAAGUCCGUGGCCUCGGAGUUGUACAUGAGCAAGCUGAAUGUAGCCAAGAGGAGGGCCAACCAACAGGAGACAGAAAUGUUCUACUUUACGAAAUUCAAAGAGUACCUGAAUGGUAGUAACCUCAUCAUUAAGCUGCAGGCCAAGCAUGACUUACUGAAGCAAACACUGGGCGAAGGGGAAAGGGCUGAAUGUGGAACUACAAGGCCCCCCACCCUCCCCCCUAAGCCACAGAAAAUGCGGAAGUCUAGGCCACGCUCCAUGUUUAACCAUAAGCUGUUUAACGGCAAUAUGGAGACCUUCAUCGAGGAUUCUGGUCAACCAAUCCCACUUGUAGUUGAAAGCUGCAUCAGACACAUCAAUCUUUACGGCUUGCAGCAGCAAGGCAUAUUCCGCGUGCCGGGAUCACAGGUGGAAGUUAAUGAUAUUAAAAACUCCUUUGAGAGAGGAGAGGAUCCCCUGAUCGAUGACCAGAAUGAGCAUGAUAUCAACUCAGUGGCGGGGGUGCUGAAGCUGUACUUCAGAGGACUAGAGAACCCCCUUUUCCCAAAGGAGCGCUUCCUGGACUUCAUCUCUACCAUCAAGCUGGAAUCUGGAGCUGAGAGAGCACAUCACAUCCAGCAGAUCACUGUGACUCUUUCUCGCGUCGUCAUAAUUGUCAUGAGAUACCUUUUUGCUUUUCUCAAUCAUCUCUCCCAGUACAGUGACGAGAACAUGAUGGAUCCAUACAAUUUGGCCAUCUGUUUUGGUCCGACCCUGAUGCCCAUCCCAGACGGGCAGGACCCUGUAUCGUGCCAGGCACAUGUUAACGAGGUCAUCAAGACCAUCAUCAUCCACAAUGAACUCAUCUUUCCCAAUCAACGUGAGCUGGACGGCCCGGUGUAUGAGAAGUGCAUGACUGGGGGGGAGGAGUACUGUGACAGCCCCCAUAGUGAACCAGGAGCUAUUGACGAGGCUGACAAUGGAACUGAACAACACACCAGUGAUGACGAGGUUGAACAGAUUGAGGCCAUCGCCAAGUUUGACUACGUCGGACGGACUCCCCGAGAGCUGUCAUUCAAAAAAGGAGCCUCUCUGCUACUGUAUCACAGAGCAUCUGAAGACUGGUGGGAGGGACGUCACAACGGUGUGGAUGGCCUCAUCCCACAUCAGUACAUUGUAGUUCAAGACCUGGACGAUGCUUUCUCAGAUAACCUCAGCCAGAAAGCAGAUAGCGAAGCGAGCAGCGGACCAUUGCUGGAUGACAAGGGUUCAUCCAAAAACGACGUUCCAUCACCAUGUGAACAAUCGCCAGAUUCCAACUUUGGAGGAGUCAUGGGGAGGUCAAGGCUGCGGUCCGACGGAGCCACAAUACCACGUCGUCGGAGUGGUGCGGACACCCAAAGCCCAACCAGAGGAGCCGAUACACCGCCGAGGGCCGCAGCUUGUCCCAGCAGCCCCCACAAGGUAUCCAUCGCCAAGGCUCGUGUGGAGAGCCCAGAAAAGAGGCGCCUCGGCACCUUCGGCAGCGCAGGAAGUAUCAACUACCCAGACAGGAAGGCCUAUCCUGAAGGCCACCCUCUGAGACCGCUGCCAGCGGCCACUCGUCACAGCAGCCUCGGGGACCACAAAUCCCUGGAGACGGAAGCGCUAGCUGAGGACAUAGAGAAAACUAUGACGACUGCGCUCCAUGAGCUCCGUGAGCUGGAGCGGCAGAACAUCGUGAAGCAGGCCCCCGACGUGGUCCUGGACACUCUGGAGCCGAUGAAGAACCCAGUUAGCUCUGAGCCUGGCAGUCCUCUGCACACCAUCAUGAUUCGUGACCCGGAGGCAGCCAUGCGCCGCAGCAGCAGCUCUACCUCUGAGAUGAUGACAACCUUUAAACCCACUCUCUCCGCCCGGCUGGCUGGGACUCAGCUACGCCCCCCGCCCAUGAGGCCAGUCCGCGCUGCUUCUACGCAGCAUCGCUCCAGCAGCUCCAGCUCUUCAGGGGUCGGCAGCCCGGCUGUGACUCCCACUGAAAAGAUGUUUCCUAGUAACAGUACUGCUGCUGCUUCUAACAUGAAUGUGUCCAGUGAGGCUGGAGAUAAAUCGGGUACCAUGUAGCAGAGGUAGGAAUGGUGUAAAGCUUCCUAAGUAAGGGGAAAGCUUACUUAGAAAUGAGUGCUGGUAUGUGAGAAGCAGAUAUGGAUAUUUUCCUAUCUGUUUUUCUGCCUGACUUAUUUCAUAUAUUCAGGAAGCUCGUGAGCCUACAACAUGUUACCAUGGUGAUAAAAGGGUGGAUGAAGCUGUCGAGGUGUGAUUGCACAAAGUUCCACUGUCUUUGAAACUUGAUUUAGUAAAAGAAAAUAUGUAUAGGAAUACACACAUGUCAUAUUUACCUCAGUUUCAAUAGAAAAAAAAUCUGUCGCUGUGAUCUCGUUGCAGAGAUACAAACAAUGCAAGUGAAGCAAUACUUGUGUGACAUUUAGGAAUAGUUUACACACAGCACACGUUGUCCAGCAGGGUUUUCAGUCACUCCUACUGGUGUGAAUGAAACGGCUCAUCUGGACGGAUGAUAUUUGUGCUUAAUUACCGUUUACUGUAGUUCGCAGGCCUUAAGGCUGUACAUACAAACUUACUUGAAGUUGCAGUGCUUUCUGUUUGUACUAUAAUACAGUGGAUGUUAAGUAACAGCUUAGUGACAUUAUACACUUCUGCAUGCAGGGUCCGCAUGACAUGAGGAACACAUUGAAAAAUGUGUGGGAUUUACUCAUAUGAUCAUUUGAAGCUUGAGAUAUUGGUCUGAAACCUCAUUUUCUUGAAUCAAAUUUCAGAUUUUAGCCUAAGAUAAAAAACAUUCCAGCAUGAAGAUCUCUGGAGUCUGACAAAUACUGACCAGAACAGGGCAAGUUCGACAUCUUGUGAGUUUGGACUGUGGAAAAACUUAACUAAUGCAUCAAGUAAUAUACUGUAGGAACCCUGUGGUAAACAUGUACAUAAUAUAUAGCUAGUCAUUUUUAAAGUGUUGAUCUUGUACAGGCUGAAACAAAAAAGGAAAAAGGUUGGCUGUAAAUGGCACUUGGAGUAAAGAUAAUUAAGCACCUUCUUAACGUCUUCAGUAAUUAACAGACUUGAUUGGUUAAGAUUAAUUGGAAAUAGUUUAUGUAUGCUGUUAGAUUAUAUUUGGUAAUUGUACUGUAGAAAACCUGAUUGCUGUUGAACGGACAACAAAGCCUGAAUAUGUUUUUCUUCGUUAUUUGUUUGACAUACCUGCCCAUUUCUACCCUGCAACUUCCCAUCUAACUUGUUUUAUUUUUAUCAUUGCAUAAGAUACAUGGAAAAAUACGCUUUGACAGUUCCUCUGUAGACGUUGUGACAUACUUUUCUUAUCUUUAUCGAUAGAAAGCUUCAUGCUCUGGCUGUAAAUUUCCUUGGAAGAAAACUAAAUAGAGAAACAGUUUGGAACAUUUUUGGUCUAUUUUACCUUCUGUCCGUCUGACAGCUCCUGGCCUGAGACCUUGUUAUCCGCAUCCAAAAGACCCUGCUCGACUCUGCAUGUUUGGCAUCAUGUCGGACUCAUAUUCCACAGAAGUUUAACAAUUCCUGUAUGUGGUGCCUUGCCUUGGUAAAAUGCACAAAUCAAGUAAAUAUUGGAUUUUUUAAGAAAUGGUAUUGAGAAUGAUGAAUCCAGCUGCUAGUAGUAGUAGUAGUAGCAGUGGCUAAAAUGAAAGUAAAAGAAAAUACCGCUUGAAUGAGUGAAAUCCCCUUAAAUAUUAGCAUGGGAAUCAGGUUCCAUUGUCUACUGCAGUCAGCCAGAACAAGAAGUAUUUAAAGUCAGACAGUGCACUCACGUCCUCUGCUGAUUACUGCUGGUAUCGCUUCUUCUUGUGACAAACCAGUGGAUACCGUAACCUUUACGAGGCCAUUAUGAUGAUAUUACAAUCGCAAAGCUUAUCAAUAAAAUGUGAAAAAUAUAAAUAUGUUACAAAAAAGCAUACGUUAGUGGAAAUAUAAAGAAAGCACACAAGUUGAAAAAGUGAAGUUAUCAUCCGAAUAUUUAACAGGACUGUUUUUGUUUUUUAUUUAUAGAAUCUGUGUAAGUGGAGCAGAAGAUUUGAGUGCCUUUUGUGCACAACAUCAAUUUUUAUUGAACUUUUAUAUUUACUUUUUUUACUGUAACACGUUGUCUAUUAGUUCUUUAUUAUAAACUGAUCUUUUUAUCUCUACUUUCUACUGCUACUACGUUGUCAAACCACCACAAGGAAUACAUUGUGUAAGAACGUUCCUCUGAUAAAAUACAGAACACUCAUCAUGAAAGGCUUUUUUGUGUUUGGACUGAUCGCUGAAGACUACUGUCUAUCCGGUGAGGUUUAGUAGAAUCAUUUCAGAAUAAUUCUCUACAUUUUUUGGUUUCCGUGUGAACUGCCUGUGCUGUGGUUGAGCCGUAACUUGUCGUUCCCUUCCUCCCUUCCUCCUUCCCUCCCUCCUAUCCUUCAUUGCAGUAUUGUUGAAAACAGAGGGACUGUAAUGGGCGGUCGUCCUGCAGAGUUUAUAAGGCACUCUAUGCGCUAUCCUUGUCCCUAAAUGUGAUGAUCCCAGACAUUUCUUUCCUGGAAUAUAUGCUAAAAUGUGUUACACUGUUAGUCUGCUGACAUGAGAAGAAUACGUUAAUAAUCAAAAAGGACAUCACCGAAUUAGAGCAGACUGUCAUGUUGUGGGAACCCGAGUGUGAGUUGCUGUUACACUGUUUACCUUCUCUUUAAUUGUUUGUCUAGUGGUGCUGUUUGUUGAUGAGUGUCUGGUUGGUUGAAACCCUGUGAUGUAAUGUACACCAUACCACUGACUGGAUGAGGAAACCCCUGCAUCCAAAUAAAACCAUUAUUGCUCUGUGA